UCGAUGUGGUACUUGGAUUGUCCCCAUAGCAAAUCCUCCCCUGAAGACAAGAACUACGAACCCUGUGUCCCCUCCUCAACGAUUAUAUUGAUCCACCAGACACCUUGUAUCGAUGAGCUUCUCGGUACAAGAAUUUUCCCCAGACGCGGAACUCUCUUUGAUCCGCCAAACAUACGUGGAUCUAUCAUGGAUCCCCAAACAUACGCUGAUCUCAAAUUUCGAGGUCACUGAAUGAGGGUCCCACCAAACUAAUGUCCGCCACCCUGCAUCCACCGAACCAUGCUCUAAUACCACUUGUCAAGGACACAGAGUGAGGGCCCACCAAACUGACAUCCACCAUUCCAAAACCAAACUCUGAUACUCCACUUAUUGAGAUAGGAUAGUUCUGUUAGUAUGAUAUCGUCCGCUUUGAGUCAAAACUGCACAAAUUUAUUAUUGCAUUUCUUCCCGAAGACCUCGUACUAAUAAAGUAUACUCGACACUAAACACUUAUAUACACACAAAAAAAUCUUUAUAUUUUUUAGGGUCGUUUGGAUGGGUUAAUUGUCAAUGUGGUAUUUGUAGAGUCAAAUAACUCAUUUAUUGUUCAUGUGGUAUUUCAGUGUUAUUUCAAUGAUAAUUGAAAUAAAGUAUCUCGUUUGGAUGAACCAUGCAAAUGUGGUAUUUGACAUGUGGUAUUUGGUAAAAGUGGAGUGAUAAAAUGAGUUAUUUCGAAAUAACAUAUGAGUAUGAAUUAUUUCGAAAUAACACAUGGGUAUGGGGCAUGAGUUAUUUCAAAUAACUCGUAGUGAAUUAUUUGUAAAUAACUCACUAUCCAAAUAAGUCAUUCAAUAAAACGCUACCAAACAAGUUAUUUAUAUCCAAAUAACUCAUAUAUAAAAAUAUUAAAUACUAAUCCAAAUGACGACGAAUUAUUCCACAGCAGCCGCAUCCUCAAAGUCCUACCAAAUCCAACCCAAUCCUUUUCUUUUUCUUUUGAAAACGAAAUGGCCAAGCCCAACAGAAAAAUACAAACAUUGUUUUACAACAGAGAUAAGAAAAAAAUGUCCGAAGGCCCACACACAGACCUGACUUGUGUAGAAAGCCCAUGACAAAAGAGCCCAAGUGCCCAACAAAUUGACAACAGUUUAGGAGCAAGCAACUCCGACGAAAUGAUGAUCAAGCAAACUUUACAACAGCAAAACUGUAACUAAACAGAUCCUUAGCUUUGUCUUAAUUUGUUGCUCUCAUGCUCUAGCACACAAGGGAGGAGUUACGGUGUUAAUUGUACAAUAGUUAGCACCGUCCUAACCAAGGGAAAAACUACUACUAGUUUGAAUUAGUAGUGAUUUAGCUUAGAUGUUGUAUUGAUUUUAUAAUAAUCCGUAGUGAUUUCGUUAUUUUUAGUAGCGUUUUUUGCUAGUUAUCACGAUGCUUACCCCUAUAAUGGUUAGCACCUAAUCCCAUCCAGAUAAGAUUAUAAAGUGGUCGAAAUAUUGAAGACAACUAGUAGUGGAUCUUCUUUUCCCCCUUUCCUUUCCUUUCCUAUUUCGUCUUGCUUUACUGAACUUCUUCCUUUCAUUUCUUCUUUACCUUUUUCAAAGCUCAUAUACCCCAUUCUUGCCGACAGUAUCCUCAACUUUGCUUGGCAUUAUUUAGUUCAAUCACUCGAGCCAGCGAUUUGCCCGUUGACGGCCGGCCGGCGAUCCGAGGAUGUACGUGACGAGGCCGCUCUCGCUGUUCAGAAAACACCCGAGCACUCUGUCCAUGGACCCGCCGGAAGGUCCGUACACAGGGUAUUUAGUGGUGACCGACGAGGAAGCAGAAGCUCAGGACAGCUCCUGCUGGGGAAUUUGCAAGGACAGGAGGAUAAAGAAGCUGCCUCUCCCUCAGGACAGAGUCAUCAGCUUGCUCCACAUCUCCGAUUACGGCGAGGAGAUCGAUCUGGUGAAGAAGCUCUGGUUCCUUCCUGUUCUUGAUCGGCCACUUUCUUCCAACUGCUACUAUGUCAUCAAAGCCAACGGCCGCUCCCGCAAAGGGCAAGCUUACAGAAGCUCGAGAGAGAGCGACAUGGGUAUAUGCUGCUUCGAAGGAGUGAUCAAAGACAAGAAACCAAAACCAUUCGACUACACAAACAUAUACACUCAAUUCACCAUCCACCGCCACCACAAGCACAGCUUCACCUCCAAAUCGCUCGCCAUCGACGGCCUCCCGCCGCAGUUCCUUCGGAAAAAGGGGUGGAAGCUCAGAGCAUCCAGAGUCCACAAGAAACUACACCUCACCGAAGCGUCAGGGCUCGACGCAUCCCUCAGAUCACAUCUCCCGAGCCUCCUCGACUUCCCAAUCUACAAAACCACUUCGCCUCCCGUCGCCGUGGGGAAAUGGUACUGCCCUUUCGUGUUCGUAAGGGAAGAUCAAGCCACAAUCAAAGAGCAAAUGAAGUGUUCCAGGGUGUACAGAGUGACCCUGGAGAGGUACUGGCAGGAGAUAUUCUCCUGUAACAACGAUACGAUAAAUCGCGGUUUUGACUGCAUUGCGCGUGACGGUGUGGAAGAAGAGGAAGAAGGGAGGAAUGUGGUGGCAGUGGUGAAGUUUAGAGUGGCGAUCGGGAGGAGGGCGGAUUCGGUGUACGGGAGGGAGGCUAUGGCUGCCGCGGCGGCAGUGGGGGAUGAGGGUGAUGGGAGGAUGGUGUGGUUCAGAAGCAGGGGAAUGAGAAACAGGGGAGAUGCAGGGAGGUGUGUUGGGUUGAACAUGGCGGUGGUGAAGAAGAUGGAGUGGGUGAUGGAGGAAGGAGGGUGGGUUGGUGGAGGAAGGGAUCGGGUGGUAAGGGUGGAGAAGGAAGUGGAGAUUGGGGAGAGUGAUGGGUGGAGGAGAUUCUGUUGCUAUGUGCUGGUGGAGAGCUUUGUGUUGAGGAGGAUGGAUGGGACUCUGGUUCUGAAAUCGGAUUUCAGGCAUACCAACACCAUCAAAUGGAGAUGGGAAUAACAUUACCCCGUAGGGAUGGCGAUCAAACUCACCACCACGGACACCUGAUCGUUUUAUUUUAAGUCAAUGUGGUGAAUUCUCGUAUUAGUUGGGUAUAUGACGAGUAUGAGUAAAACGUACAAGAAAGUUCGAUGAGGAUGGGUCGGAUAAGAUAUUAGACUCCCCCAUUCCAUCUUCCUAUCCGUCUAAUUAAGAGUAUUUCUUUAUAUACAAAAAUACAGCGCUCAUAUUUUAACAAUGAUAGGAAAUGUAAUUAAAAAAAAAAGAGUUUAAAUGUAAUUGAGUGGCCCUCCCAACUCCCAACUUAAUUUCUUUCCUUCCAUUCACCCUUCACUCUUUCACUAUUGCCCCCUUGUUGACAAUAUAAUGUUAGUUAUGUGUUGAUAAAAAGAUGUGUCAGAUUCAAAGAUGAAUGAUUUGAAUAGUAUUGUACUUUUCAUGGAUUCAUUCUAGUAUUGGAUGCUUUUAAUUCGUAUUAAAAGUAAUCGUAACUUUGUUAAUUUUAUGAAUUAAGUAUGUUUAGUGUUAUAAAUGAAGGUUUGCAUAUUGAAUUUUAGAUAUAUUAAUAUUGGAUACACGAUGUGUGAUAUUACUCACAUCACACACCGUAUCUGACAACUGUGAGUGAGUAUGUGACAAAAGUAAUUAGCGAAAUCCACUCUAAACCCGUCUCAUUACCAUCCCUACUCGUAGUGAUGGCUAUUUCAACCCGCCCUGGCCCACGAUGGGGCGGGUAUUACCCGACCCGCAAUAGCGUGGGACGGGGCAUGGGUGUCUACUUCCGACCCGCCCUGCCACGCCCCGUUCUAGACUCAUUUUAUCUCAAUUUCUUACAAUAUCUAUUCAUAUUUCUCCUAUUUUGAUUUUUCUUCGACUAGUUAGAGUCGAUCUUUCAACUUGUUAGGCUCAACUAUCCAUUCUAUUAUCAAUAUUUUUAAGUUUUAAAGUGUUUUUUCUACAUUUUAUUGUAAAAAGUAAAAUUUACUUGUAUUUUUUUUUUUUGAAUAACAUGUAAGAGUGGGUCGACCCGUCCCACCCUGUACCCGCGCGGGUUUUACCCGCCCCGACUCGUAGUAACGUGGGGCAGAGCAUAGAGAAUUGAGGUACCCGCCCUGUCCCAUUGCCACUACCUACUCGUUUUAUUUAUAAAUAAUUAAAAAUGAAUAUUGACAAAAGUA